AUGAAAAAUUUAAAACCAUCUAAACGUUCACUUACAUAUCAUGGAAAUUCUGAUAGAACAAAAAGAAGGAAAAGGAAGUCUAUACAUGAAGCCAUUAAAGCUAAUGGUCAAACAUUAGAUAAAUUUUUUAUAUUGAAUAAGAGUGAUGAUGAAAGAGAAGAAGGAAAUGGUGAUGAUGAAAGAGAAGGGAAUGGUGAUGAUGAAAAAGAAAAAGGAAGUGAUAAGUCAAACAAUCAAUUAUUAGAUGAAUAUAUCUUAAAAAUUGAGAAUAAACUUAAAACUGAUAAAAAAAUAACACCAGGUCAAAAGGUUCGAUAUAAAGCAGUUCAAUACUUUUUUCAAUUACAGAAAUCUGGUCAUCGUAAAUUAGAAUCUGCUAGAAUCAUUACACAAUUACUAAAUCGUGGAGAAUGGUUUUCAAAAUGUGUUCAAACUUGGACUAAAUCAUAUGCAUUAUAUAACAAUAUUCCACAAAUUGGUCGUAGUAAAUAUCCAGGAAAAAGUCUAAUUGAUGAUGAAGAUAUUUGGCUUAAAAUUUCAUCAUAUUUACGAAAAGUAAAACAUAAUGUAACAAUUCAAAGUUUUUGUGAUUAUGUGUCGUCAGAAAUAUUGCCAUUCUUAGAAAUUGAAACAAAAAUAACAAUAAGUACUCGAAUAGCAAAUAGAUGGUUGAAAAAAAUGGGAUUUGUUUAUGAUAGAUAUCAAAAAGGAAUGUAUGUAGAUGGACAUGAAAGACCAGAUGUAGUUGAAUACUGA